AUGAAGUCAGUUGCGUUCUUCGCGGUCCUCGCCUCCAUGGCCAACCUUGCCACGGCCACGGUUGCCGGCUUCGACAUUUCCCACUACCAGCCCAACGUGGACUUUAAGAAGGCGUACGCCGACGGCGCCCGGUUCGUCAUUAUCAAGGCCACCGAGGGCACAACGUACAUCGACCCGUCCUUCAGCUCGCACUACACGGGCGCAACGCAGGCCGGCCUCAUCCGCGGCGGCUACCACUUCGCGCACCCGGGAUCGGGGUCGGGCGCCGCGCAGGCAACCUACUUCCUCGCCCAUGGCGGUGGUUGGUCCCGGGACGGCAUCACGCUGCCCGGCAUGGUCGACCUCGAGUAUAACCCAAGCGGGAGCACCUGCUACGGGCUCUCGGCCAGCGCCAUGGUCAGCUGGAUCUCCGACUUUGUCGAGACGUACCGCUCCAAGACGGGCGUCUACCCGCUCAUCUACACGUCGACGAGUUGGUGGAACCAGUGCACCGGCAGCAGCACCGCCUUUGGCAGCAAGUGCCCUCUUGUGGUGGCUCGUUAUGCUACCUCUGUCGGCACCUUGCCUGCCGGCUGGAGCUACCAGACCAUCUGGCAGAAUAGCGACAAGGCGCCUUGGGGCGGCGACAAUGACAUCUUCAACGGCAACCUCGACCAGCUGAAGCGCAUUGCGAAUGCUUCCUAG